AUUAGAUCAGUUUGAAUUUAAACCGCGAGCCGUUCAUUUGGUUUUCAUGUGGUUUUUGUGCGCUCCCGUAACGAAAUAAAAUUAUAAGAAAACAACAACAAAUUUCUAUUCAAAUGGAAAUAUAUUUUAUCCAUCAAAAGAAUUGAAUUUCUUUAAAAAAAACCAACAAAAAUAAGAAAGAUAAAAGAAAAUUUACAAAAAAAAAUUUCCAUUUCUGUGAAAUAAAAAAAAAAAACGAAAUUUUGUUUAUCAAGGAGAGGAUAUCAUUAAAAAAAAGGUGAUAACAUGGCACCAAACGCAACAUCAGCAACUCAAGUUUUAGGCGAAUCGAUAGCAUCAUCCUGUGGAGCGGGAGGUGAUUCGAUUAAUAGCAAAGUUGAAGCUACAGGAGUUUUAUAUGAAUGCGAUGCAGAAACAACUGAUGGCGGAUUAGUUAAAGAUUUGGAAAAACUUAAACACGCCGAUAGACGAAAAAUAAAAUUGGUUUGGAGGAAUAUAAUUGCAUUCACAUACCUGCAUUUGGCGGCUGUUUAUGGAGCUUGGUUAAUGUUAACAUCUGCCAAAUGGGCUACAGUUGCCUUUGCAUUCUUUUUAUAUGUUGUAUCAGGAUUGGGUAUUACAGCUGGUGCACAUCGUUUAUGGGCUCACAGGUCAUAUAAAGCAAAGUGGCCACUAAGAGUUCUACUUGUACUUUUCAAUACAGUUGCGUUCCAAGAUGCCGCAUACCAUUGGGCUAGAGAUCAUCGUGUCCAUCAUAAGUUUUCAGAGACCGAUGCUGAUCCACAUAAUGCCACAAGAGGCUUCUUCUUCUCGCAUGUCGGCUGGCUGCUAUGCAAGAAACAUCCUGAAGUUGCUGCCAAAGGCAAGGGUGUUGAUCUAUCAGAUCUGAGAGAAGAUAAAAUUCUUAUGUUCCAAAAGAAGUACUAUAUGCUUCUUAUGCCAGUUGCAUGCUUUAUAAUUCCAACUUUUGUUCCAAUGUACUAUUGGGGCGAGUCAUUCCUUAAUUCUUGGUUUGUAGCUACAAUGUUCCGGUAUGCUUUCAUCUUGAAUGUAACAUGGCUAGUUAACAGUGCUGCACAUAAAUUUGGUGGAAAGCCAUAUGACAGGUUCAUCAGCCCAUCAGAAAACCAAUCUGUUGCAGUUCUAGCUUUCGGUGAAGGUUGGCACAAUUAUCAUCAUGUCUUCCCCUGGGAUUACAAAACCGCUGAAUUGGGAAAUUAUCGUCUAAAUCUAACAACAGCUUUUAUUGAUUUCUUUGCCAAAAUUGGUUGGGCCUACGAUCUUAAAUCUGUUUCAGCUAAUAUCAUCGAAAAACGUGUCAAACGAACUGGUGAUGGUACACACGCCACAUGGGGCUGGGGCGAUAAAGAUCAACCUAAAGAAGAAAUGGAAGAUGCAUUAAUUACGCACAAGAAGGAUGAUUAAAAAAUCAAGUUCCCAAAGUAUCUAUAAAACAAAACAAAAAAUAAACUUGUAUAGUCUAGACAUGGUCCGGUUGAGACGUUAAAAAAAAUAAUAAAUAAAAAUAAAACGUUGCACCAUGUGUGUCUAUUCUAUUCUCUGCCUGACUGUGUUAAUAAUAAAAAUAAAAAAAAAAAACAAUCUCUCUUUAUUUUCAUUAUAAAUAUAAAAAAAAUUAAAUAUAAAAAAAAAUACACACAACUAAUGUUCUCUUCAUUUUCUUAAUUAUUUCUAAAUUUGUUUUUCAAAAAUACUAAUAAAUUAUUUUACUCUAAUUUUCGGCCACAUUUAACUUUAAGUAUUUUUUUUUUCUUUAAACAAAAUGAAAACAAUAAAAAAAUAUAAUUCUAUCACAUUAUAUAGUUUUGGUACGGAAAUUAAUAAGAAAAAUGGAUUUAACAUUAUUAAAGUAAUAAUUAUUUUUUUAAAUCAAGAAAAAUUUAGUAUUUAUAUGUGUUAAAUAAUAAUAAAAACAAAAAUAUAAAAAAAAGAGAUAAAAUUAUAUGAGAAAAAAUAAAAAUUAAUCUGUUAAGUAUUCUGGUAAAAAUAAAUAAAAAUAAUUUAUGAAAAAUAAAUUUAAUAAAAAAUGGGUAACAAAAUUUUCUCUGUCAAGAUUGAUUGCAUACUUUUAGGAGUUCUUCCCAUUUUGAAGUGAUAAGAGAAUUUAUAUGUUGUUCUGAAAUAGAAUUUACAAAACAAACCAAACUGGUGAUUGAAAUCAAAACCUUUAAGGCAUUAAAUGUCAAGUGUAGUUUCGUUUAAAACCAAAAUAUUCAUAAAAUUUUUCUAAAUUUGAUUAAAAGCUUGUUUAUGACAUCGUCACAACAUUUCAAAACUUGGCAAUAAAUAUCAUCACAUAAUUUAUUUAUUAUCUGCGAGUUAAAAGAACACUAUCACCUGUCGAAAUUUUGUAGAAAUAUAGUUAUUUUACUUUUUUGGAAAAACUAGUACAUAUUCAUAUUUAUGACCUAACCCACUAACCUCGGUUUCUUGCGUACAAAAAAAGAGCUGGAAUCGUAUAUUUGUUGCAAUAAUUAAAAAGAAAAUAUAAAUAAAAAACCGUUAUUCGGAAAGUUAGAACUAAAAUUUAUAGUUCAUUCUAUUGUUAGUUUAUUAAAAAAUAACAAACAAACAAAAAACUACAAAACAAAACUGAAUAAAAAAGCUUUUAACCAACAAUUUACUGGAUAAGAAUAAAAUUACUUAUUAUACACGCCUAAUUUUAUACAUGCAUUGAAAUAUGAUUUAAAUUUAAUAAAAUGAAAAAUAGUAUUUUCUGGAUAUACAUUUUUAAAUUUUUUUUUUUUAAAUAGAGAACAAGAGUUUUUAUUUUAUCUUUAUUUUUUUUUUAUUUUAUAAAAGAAAAAAAUAAUAAAUUUACAGCAAAGUUUAUGUGUAAAAAAAAAUGUUUGUUAUAAAAUUUGGCAUAACUAUAUUUAUUAUAUGUAUAUGUGUCCUGACUGUUUACACAAAGUAACGAAGUAUGUAUUUUACUUCGGAGUACAUUUUUUGAUAUCAUUUUAUAAAAAACAAAAAGAAAGAAAGAAAUAUUCAAAAUCUGUAAAACAGAAUAAAAUUUAUAUUUCUUAAAUAUUAACAACAAUAAAUAGACAAAUGAAAAAUUAAACUACAUUAAACGAUACAAACACAACAAAAGAAAUAAAAAAAAAUAAAUUCAUGUAGCCAAAAUCUGUAAUUUUUAAUAUAAAAUUAUUAGAUAACUUAUAAUUAUAAUGCUUACAUUAAUAAAAAAAAAGAAGAAAAAUUUGAUCAAAACACACUUAAAUCAAAAAUAAAAGCAAAAAUGUAAGAAAGAAAUACCAAAAGAAGAACAAACAAAAAAUCUGAAAAUAAUAAUAAUUAAAUUCUAAGGUAUACUAACCAUGAAGCAAAUUAAAUGUGAAUUGGAAUA